GCAAAAUGUUCGUAUCUCGACGCUUAGCAACAAGUGCACGGCUCCGCCAAUUCGCCUAUCAACCAAGAGCAAUCCCGAUUCAAACCAGCUCAUUCUCAACAUCAAGAUGCCAUAACGCAAUUUCUGAUUCAUUGAGGCAAAAGGCCCAGCAAAAUAACCAACAAUUCAAACUCGACAACCUCUUCAAUGUCAAGGAUAAAGUUGCCCUCAUAUCCGGCGGUGGCACCGGCAUAGGCCUAAUGGCUACACAAACACUCGCCGUCAACGGCGCAAAGGUCUACAUUACGGGCCGUACAGAGGAAAAACUCAAUCGCGUGGCUGAGCUCUACGGCAAAGAGAUCCCCGGGUCCAUCAUUCCCGUUCCGGCGGAUAUUACAUCCAAAGAGUCAAUUCAAAACCUAGCGGAUGCCAUUUCACAGCGUGAAUCUCAUCUGUCCAUAUUGAUUAACAACGCCGGUAUCUCAAGCCAUACGCAAACGACGGAACAUGAUAACGCCAAUGACCUACGCAAGAGCCUAUUCGACGACCCAGACGCAACGAUAAAAGACUGGGAAGAUGUAUAUCGCACAAACGUCCCGCAAUUAUUCUUCAUGACAACCGCCUUCCUUCCCCUCCUCAAAAACGGCUCAAAAACGCAUCACGGCUGGUCCAGCACAGUCAUUAACAUCUCCUCCAUCUCCGGGAUCGUCAAGACAGCACAGCACCAUUUCGCAUAUAACGCAUCCAAAGCAGCCGCGAUUCAUCUAACCAAAAUGCUUGCAAACGAAAUUAGCGGCUCACCGGAAUCAAGACUACCAAUAAGAAUCAAUAAUAUCGCGCCUGGUGUGUUUCCGAGUGAAAUGACCACCGGGGAGAGUGAUGAGAUGCAGAAGAGUUAUAUUCCGAAGGAAAAGUAUGAGAAGAAGACUCCUGCGAGACGGCCGGGGAAGGAUGAGGAUAUGGGGAGUGCGGUGUUGUUUGCGGCGACGAACCAGUAUCUCAAUGGACAGACGGUUGUUGUUGAUGGGGGGUAUGUGUUGGCUGCUGGGUCGGUUUAGGGUAGAUAUUCAGCAGCUAUGUGCAUUUUCUGAUAAUACGAAAGGUGGAGACAUGAAUCUAGAUAGGGGAAGCAAGAAAUUGAUAAGAAAAAAGCGUAAUGAUGCAUUCUGGGUAUCUGAAUGAAUAGAGAAAGAAGGAGGGGGCCAGGGUGUCGUCGCCUUUCGGAAUCCAGAUGCUUGGUUUUAGUCAAUUCCAUAGACAUGUAUCAAAACUCAUUAUACAACUGUCUGCAC